UGCAAUGCAUUCCAAAACAGUGUAGAAACAAGACAAUCCGCCCAGCUGAGGGACUCUCGGUUAGAUGGGUGUAACGGCGAGAGGAGAUAGAGGGGGACUCUGUUACAUGGGUGUAACGGCGAGAGAGAGGGAGGGUCUUCUGAUAGAGAUAUCCCUUUCCGUUAAAUCCUUCUGUUCUUGCUUUGUCCAAUUUUUUGUAAAAAACCCAUAACUCGUAGCCUCCUUGUUGUUGAUUUUUUUCAUUUUCUUGUCACGUUCUUGUUUUUCUCUCUGUGCAGAUUGUUAAAUACUGGCGUACACUGCUCAGAAUAAGUUUAAGACCGGAAAUUGAGUUGCGGUAGAGCGGGAUAACGAUAAACUCCAGGAUCAGCGCUUUAAGCGUGGAUAGUAUCAGUUCUGUAAAAUCAGGAAGUCAAGUGAAUUCAUCUCUUUAUUUCGCGUUCCGCGGGUCUGCUGUUAACGUCGUUCAAGCGCUGGAUUAAUGCGCUGAGUCCUGCGCUUCACCCCGAAGCUGGGAGCUCCACUGUAACCCCUUUCCAGAGGAAGAGGAGGGUCAGGAGGAAGAGCCGGCAUGUCCUAUUGGUCUGUAGGCAUCUCCCAGGGCACUGUGGACACACACAGCGACAUGGAGGAACAAGAUGGUCCAGAUCUUGGGAGCGACGACAUGGGAGCCAAGGCCUCACUGGCGGGGGGUCCGGGGGGAGGGACCUUCUCCCCCUCGCCCUCCUCCUCCCUGGGCACCUCCCCCACGCUGGAGAACAUCCAGGCGGCGUAUGAGGACGGGCAGCGGGACGCAGCCCGGGAGCUCCUCCGGCAGGCCUGCUGCGUGGAGUGCACCCUGGGGAUGGCCAGGCUGCAGGGGGUGCGUCUGCUGUGCGUGGCCACGCAGCACGGGGACGAGGCGGGCGUGCGCUACCUGCUGAAGGAGGCGCGCGUGGUGGUACCCCAGGACCCCUCGGACCACAACCCCGCCAUCCUGGCGGCCCACUACGGCCACGCCGGGGUGGCCCGGGAGCUGCUGGACGCGGUGCCCGGGCCCUGUCUGCGGGCCGACCUGCUGAACUGGAUGCUGGCCACGGCGUGCCGACGGGGGCAUCUGGAUGUGGUGCGGCUGCUGGUGCACGCCUACAACGCCGACGCCCGCGACUGCGGCAUCCACAGCGACGAGUUCGCCGUCAUCACGGGCCUCCCGCUCUACGCUGCUGCACAGGCAGCCAAUGAGGACAUAGCGUGCUUCCUGCUGCAGAGUGGAGCUGGUUUCUCCUCCUACACCCUGAUGGACCAUCCGGCCUUCAGCAAGCAGCUGCUGAGACAGAGGCUGAAGCAGGACACAGACGCACAGGGGGACGAGGUGCUGAGCGUGUGCUGGAGCGGCCUGAAGCUGCCCUGGCUGGAGCUGGACUGGUUCAUGGACCUGUCCUGCCGGCUCACCCACAUGGACCUCUCCUCCAACGCGCUGGGCGCCCUGCCCUCCAUGGUGCCCUGGGGACUGGUCCAGCUGCGGACCCUGGACCUGUCGGACAACCUGCUCCGAGAGCUGCCCGCCACACACUGCUCCCAGGAGGUCAUAUGCACCAGUCUACGAGAGCUGAACCUCUCUCAGAACCAGCUGAGCGCCUUGCCCUCUGGGCUGCUCCACCUGGGCCAGCUCCAGCGGCUCUGCGCGGCCAAGAACCAGCUCACGUCCCUGUUCCACAUCCCCGCCGACACCAACUGGAUCGGCCUGAGGAGCCUUCAGGACCUGGACGUGUCGGACAACGCUCUGGUGCGCCUGCCCACGGCCGUCAUGCACUGCCUCAAGUCCCUGAGCCUCCUCAACGUGUCCCGCAACCGACUGGACUGCUUCCCUGACCCAUGGGCCUGCCCGCUGAAAAUAUGCAAAGCCUCUUGCAACUCCAUCGAGGGUCUCCCCGACACCAUCUCCAUCUUCUGGAGGUCGAGGCUCCAGGAGGUCGACUUCACCGACAACCAGCUGAAGGGACUGCCGCCCUACAUAUUCGAGCUGGAGGCGUUGGUCUCUCUGCGGCUGGCCGGGAAUCAGAUCUCCACGCUGCCGGCACCCAAUAAAUGGAAGUGCUCCAAGCUCAAGACUCUGGACCUGUCCAGGAACCAGCUGGGGAAAACGGACGAGGUACCUAAAACCAGGAGACGGGGGUUCCUGACCACCUGGAGCAAGAGAGACCCGGACCCAGUGUGUGCCAUCGAGUUCCCCUCCAUCCUCAGGGACUCUCUGGAAGUGCUCUUCCUGAACGACAACCAUCUGGAGUGCGUCCCGGCGUCCCUCUGCGGUCUGGUCAACCUCUCUGAGCUCUACCUCUCCAACAAUCUGCUGAUCCGCGAGCUCCCUGUGGAGCUGGGUCAGCUGUCUAACCUGUGGCAGCUGGACGUGGAGGACCUGAACAUCACCAACGUACCGCAAGAGGUCAGGAAGGAAGGCGCUGCCUCCAUCCUGGCCUACCUGCGCGCUCACCUGCGCAAGGCGGAGCCCUGCAAGCUGCUGAAGAUGCUGCUGGUGGGGCCCCCACGGCAGGGCAAGACGGCCCUGCUGGAGGCCCUGAACGCGGGUCGCACCUCCGCCUUCAGCACCACCGACUGCAGCAUCUCCACCUCCACCUGGGAGCUGGACAAGCCGGGCGGCUGCAGGAACCCGGAGUCGAUGCUGUUCAACGUGUGGGACCUGGGGGGCCCUGCCAGCAUGUCCACCGUCAACCAGUGCUUCUUCACGGACAAGGCCCUCUACGUGGUGCUCUGGAACCUGGUGCUGGGGGAGGAGGCUGUGGCCAGCCUGCAGGCCUGGCUGCUCAACAUAGAGGCGCGCGCCCCCAACUCGGCGGUGGUGGUGGUGGGCACCCACCUGGACCUCAUCGACUCCAAGUUCCGCACGGAGCGCGUGGCCACGCUGCGGGCCUACAUCCUGGCCCUCUGCCGCUCGCCCUCUGGGGCCCGCGCCACCGGCUACCCCGACGUCACCUGGAAGCAGCUGCACGAGGUGUCCUGUAAGAGCCUGGAGGGCAUGGAGGGGCUGCGGUUGUUGCUGUACCAGGUGGCCUGCUCCAUGAAGGACCACAGCACCUCCACCUCCAGGGGCCAAAGGCUGGUGGGCAGACUGAUCCCCCGGAGCUACCUGACCCUGCAGGAGGCGGUGCUGGCCGAGAGCAGGAGGCGGGACUCUGAGGACGAGGUGCAGUACCUCACGGCCGCCCAGCUGGACCAGGUGAUGGAGCAGAACCCUGAGAGCGACAUCAGAGACUACGAGGACCUGCAGUCAGCCAUCAAGUUCCUGAUCGAGACGGGCACGCUGAUGCACUUCCCGGACACCAGCCAUGGCCUGUGUACGCUGUACUUCCUGUGCCCGGUGUGGCUGUCCGAGUGCCUGCAGAGGAUAAUCCACCUCAAGUCCUCGCGCUUGGUGGCCAGGAACGGCGUGAUCUGUGCCGAAGACCUCCGGAUGCUGCUUGUUGGAACAGGCUUCACGGAGCAGACUGAGGAGCAGUAUUUCCAGUUCCUUUCCAAGUUUGAGAUCGCUCUGCCUGUGGCUAGCAACAGCUACCUCCUGCCCCACCUGCUGCCCUCCAAGCCGUCCAUGGACAUCCACGGCCUGCGGCAGCAGACCACCAACACCCUGCAGCGGCUCUUCAAGAUGAGCUUCGUGCCCGCCGGCUUCUGGGAGCGCUUCAUCGCCCGCAUGCUCAUCAGCCUGACGGAGAUGGACCUGCUGGUGGUGCAACAGCAGCACCUCAAGUCAUUCGAGACGAAGCAGUGGGGGCUCAAGGCUCCGGGCGGCAGGGCCUCGGUGGUGUACAGCUUCGCCGGCGGCCAGCAGAGGAACCGUUGCAGCACCUUCCGCGUGCGACGCAACCAGACCAUCUACUGGAAGGAAGGGCUGCUGGUCACCUUCAGCGGGGGGUACCUCAGUGUGGAGUCGUCUGACGUCAACUGGAAGAGGAAGAAGAGCGGGGGCAUCCAGAUCAUCUGCCAGUCAGACACCAGAGACUUCUCCGCCAUGGCCUUCAUCACGGACCACGUGAACUCCCUCAUCGAGCAGUGGUUCCCCGCUCUGACGGCCAGCGAGAGCGACGGCAGCGUGCUCAUCGAGCAGUACGCCCCCUGUCCGCUCUGCGCCCCCCCGGGCGGGCCGCACCCCUCCCAGCCCCCGGCCCGCGGACCCUCCCCCCGACCGCCCGGGGGGGCCGAGGGGGAGCCGGCCCCCCACUUCUUCAGCAUGGAGGAGUGCGUCCUCGCCGCCAUGGAGGGCGAGCGCAUCGUGUGCCCGCAGCACCCGGAGCGGCCCGUGGCGCUCCAGGAGCUGGUCCCGGAGCUCUUCAUGACCGACUUCCCCUCCAGGCUGUUCCUGGAGAAGGAGGAGCUGGAGUGCCGCGAGGAGGAGCAGAACAUCCUGGGCCAGGGGGGCAGCGGGACCGUGGUGUACAGGGCGUCCUACCGCGGCAAGCCCGUCGCCGUCAAGCGCUUCCACUUCAAGAAGUGCCGGCAGCACACUAUCAGCGUGGACACAGACACAAUGCUCCGCCAUCUGCAGUCGGUGGACGCCUGCCGCAGCUUCUCCGAGUUCCGGCAGGAGGCCAGCAUGCUGCACUCGCUGCAGCACCCGUGCAUCGUGGCGCUGGUGGGCAUCAGCAUCCACCCGCUGUGCUUCGCCCUGCAGCUGGCCCCGCUGGGCAGCCUCAACACCGUCCUAGAGGAGAGCUGCAAGGACAAAGUCUCUCACGCACGCGUCGGGUCCAGGUACAUGCCUCUGGGUCACAUGCUCACCUUCCGGAUAGCCUAUCAGAUCGCGACGGGUCUGGCCUACCUGCACAGGAAGAGGCUGAAGGCCAUGGUCACAAAGAAAUGCCACUCCGGUGGAGCCACUGUGCCACACGGUCAUCUUCACACGCCCCUGAACGUCCGGUCAGGCCUUAAAGACGACACAUGA